UUUUCAAAUAUAAAUACCCGCCCGCCCAACACUCUCCCACUUACCACAACGUUUUCUCUAUUCCUACUACACUAGCUCCCUCUCACCUCUCUACUCUCUCAUAUUUCUCCAGAUCUCUCAUUCAUAAUGGCCAAAAUCAAGAUCGGAAUUAACGGAUUCGGAAGGAUCGGACGUUUGGUGGCGAGAGUUGCUCUACAGAGUGAUGAUGUCGAACUUGUUGCUGUCAAUGAUCCAUUUAUUUCCACCGAUUACAUGACCUAUAUGUUCAAAUACGACAGUGUUCAUGGUCAAUGGAAAAAGCAUGAACUUAAGGUUAAGGAUUCAAAGACCCUUCUCUUUGGUGACAAGCCAGUGACUGUCUUUGGCGUCAGGAACCCAGAGGAGAUCCCAUGGGCUGAGGCUGGAGCUGACUAUGUAGUGGAGUCCACUGGUGUUUUUACCGACAAGGACAAGGCUGCUGCCCACUUGAAGGGAGGUGCAAAGAAGGUAGUAAUUUCUGCCCCAAGCAAGGAUGCCCCUAUGUUUGUUGUUGGUGUAAAUGAGAAGGAAUAUAAGCCCGACAUUAACAUUGUUUCUAAUGCUAGUUGCACUACCAACUGUCUAGCACCAUUGGCUAAGGUCCUCAAUGACAGGUUUGGUAUUGUUGAGGGGCUGAUGACCACUGUCCACUCCAUUACUGCAACACAGAAGACUGUUGAUGGUCCAUCGAUGAAGGACUGGAGAGGUGGAAGAGCUGCUUCAUUCAACAUCAUUCCCAGUAGCACUGGAGCUGCUAAGGCUGUUGGGAAAGUUCUUCCCUCUCUAAAUGGAAAGCUUACAGGGAUGGCUUUCCGUGUUCCUACUGUUGAUGUUUCAGUGGUCGACCUAACUGCAAGGCUUGAAAAGGCUGCCACAUAUGAUGAAAUUAAAGCUGCUAUCAAGGAGGAGUCUGAGACUAACAUGAAGGGAAUCUUGGGAUACACAGAAGAUGAUGUAGUGUCAACUGACUUUGUCGGUGAUUGCAGGUCUAGCAUCUUCGAUGCCAAGGCUGGAAUUGCACUAAAUGGCAACUUUGUGAAGGUUGUCUCUUGGUAUGACAAUGAAUGGGGUUACAGUAACCGUGUUGUUGACUUGAUCCGGCACAUGGCAAAGGUUGCAUGAGCGAUGCUUAUUGGAGAAUCCCUUCUUUCACCUGUUGUUCACUUUGGUUGCAACCUUGGUUUGGUUGUUUAGGAAUAACUGAACUGCUGAAGUUCUGAGGAUUUGUCUUAACUCUUCUUUUGCGGAAUUUUCUUCUUAACAUGUACUUCAGCUCCGAGUUUAAGAUUUAUUCUACUUUUUUGGACAAAAUUGGUUUUUCGGCAAUGCGUUUUCUUGUUUCAUGUCCAAUGACGGAAGGAUGACAAAAAUAGAAGUCAGUAGCAGGACUUGAAACAUUAAACGCCAAGAAACACCUCUGUGAAAUCACAAACUACAUACAAGGAAACGAGUUUCUUGGAGACCA